ACAGUCAUUCACAAAUUACAAGUUAUAGAUGUCAAUUCAAAUAGUAUAACCAGUUUGUGGCAAUGUUCUACUCUCUCGUGCAUUAUUCUAUAAAACUGAAUACUUUACUCGAUUGCGAACAGUGGUGGCUUAGUGACAACUGGUGUGAUAGUCAUUCCCCGCGUUUUGAACAUCAGCAAAGAUAACAGAAGCUUCUUCCAUCUAUCGGAUAACGGGAUAAACAGUAUCUGAGUACGUGAGUGUCCAGUAGAGAAGCGUUCCCAGGCACUAUCAGUGAUAAAGAAAACCAGUGAAGACAGAAGAUCUUAUUGUAAUUAAAUCGUGACGUCAUGGCUACCGUGCAAGCUCCUCCCGAACUGAACCUGCCUUCGCCACUGCCCGUCGCACAGAAUUCCUCAGAGUUUGACUUUGUGACACUCACGAUGACAGCUCUGCGCCUCGUGAACCCGUGGGCUGUGGAGGCCAAGUCUCAAUGGCAGGCCCGAAUCGAACCCGGAACUCCGGAAGCCAAAGAUCGCAUCUUGACCUUAGCCGAGGUGUCCCAGCACGACACGCCGCGCGACUGCUGGGUGGUUAUCUACGACCGCGUGUACGAUAUCACUACAUUUUUGGAUGAGCAUCCCGGUGGGGCGGAUAUAAUGUUGGAGUACGCGGGUGGUGACGCGAGUACCGCGUUCCGUAGUUCGGGCCACUCGAAGAGCGCGGCGAAGGCCCUGGAGCGCUUCGUGGUGGGCGAGCUGCCCAUGCACGAGAGGAUGUACCGCCGACCGGGCGGCAUGCGCCUUAGCGACAUACCAGAAUGACAUUUUAUUUAUAAUUCUAGAUUUAGUCAAGAAUUGUGUUUACUUUAUUUUUUACAGUGCUUUAAUACUUUCUUUAUUUGAUGUUUUAAUUGUCAAACGUUUAUUUAAAUAUUUUAAUUAUUUUAUGUAAUAAUUAGAUUAUUUGCUUAGUUUAUAAGUGUCGUACUUAAAAGUAUAUUAGAUAUUAUUGUGCUUGUAUUAAUGUCUUUCUGCAUUUAUUGUUACAUUGCAUUUCUUAUUGUAUUUCAGUAUUAAACUGAUUUUAAGUUUUAA